UAGUGGUACGAGUUCCUCGUUCUUCUGUAGAAACCCUGCGGACAUCUGUGAUAGAUUCUGUGCCGUCUCGAUCAGCAGUCAUGGUUAAAAGGAGUAUGCACGCGCUUUGCCAAAUCGGACUGGACUUCUUCGAAUUUUUAAACGAGACCAAUCGGACCUCCAUUACAGACAGACUGCAGCUAAGAGACAUUUAUAAUGCCGAGUUCAGGAUCAGAAACCCAGGAAGCACAGAUCCAAACUUUGGUUCGGUGAUUUACGCGCUCAAAGUGUGCAGCAAAAUAAAGAGACGCAAGGACAACAUAUACUUCACCCCAGCGGUCCGAGCCCAGUACCUGGACCAGUGGCGCACACCCAGAACCCGGCAGUCGCAAGCUCAACUCAGGGCGUCAGCCAGCAUUGAGAACUUAGCAGAUUCGAGCUCUCCAGAGGAGGCGGUGUCAGGAGUCAGAGCCCGGAGAAAGCUGGCCAGCGAGCUGAUGAGCAAACUGAAGGUGGAAAGGUAUCUCUCCAUGUUUAUCGCUGAUAAACACGGGAUCAGCAUCACCUCUGACUAUCCUUUCGAGGGUGGCAAGCUUGUCCUGUGUGUGCAAGACACCUACGAGUACACGGUGAAGCUGAACGUGGAAAACACUGGAACUCAGCCUGUGUACUUCACUUACUAUACUCCAUUGCACUGGCUUCGGUACUUAAGUCUGCGUGAUGAAAACAGGGUGACCAAAAAGAACCCCCUGUCUCUAAAUCCAGGUGACAGCUAUGAAAUAGAGGUCAGUUUCCGCUGUACUCUGGUUGGGUUUUUUCCAGCUACGCUGGCGUUUGAAUUCAAACCAGACCUGGAGCCCAACACCGCUUCUUUCCACAUUGUGCGCAUCAUCGAGGCUCAGUGCGUAACUUCAUUAGGACGGGAGCUGGCGCCUGUAGCUCCCUACAAGCCUCGCUCGCUCCCUGCCUGCACCCCGGAACCGCAGUGCAAGGUUGUGGAUGGUCUGCAGCCUGAGGGGCUCUCUGUGAUGCAGUUAAAAUAUGUGGUUCAGGUAAAACAGUAUCGAAUCCCACCAUACAUGAGCGAUCUUAUAAUCAGGCUGAAGCGUUCUUCUGACUUCGAUAGCAAAAGAACGGUGUUGGAGACGCCUUUGUGUUGGGAGAACUACACCGAGAAGUUCCAGCUGCUGCUGUAUCUGGAGGAGCAUCAGAUGGAGUGUGACAUCAGAAGAUACAACAUUCCCAACGAUGACAAACCGUACGCUGAGCUAACAAGAGACGCAAACAACCCGAGACUACUUGUUCUGGAGGUACCUGGUGUCGCCGAGAACCGGCCCUCUGUGCUGCGAGGGGAUUCACUGCUGGUGUACCCCCAGGGGGAAAAGGGAGUGAAGUACCGCGGUUAUGUCCACAGCGUUCAGCUGGACAGCGUCAAACUUGGCUUCGCCCAAGAAUUUCUGAGUCGAUACACAACAGGUAAAGACUUAAGCUUUAUUCAAGGGAUUAAGUUCAAUGUUGAGUUCACCAUCAACCGCCUGGUUGUGCGCCUCCAGCACAGAGCUGCAGAACUUGCAAAGAGCAAUGAACUGAGCAGUGUGCUGUUUCCUACUGCACACCCACUCUCAUGGCAGAAACCUGACCUCCCAAAACUCAAACUGUUCGAUUAUCAGUUGGAGAAAAACCCAGAGCAGUAUCAAGCUGUCCAGCACAUUGUGGCUGGUUCAUCCAGACCUGCUCCAUAUCUUGUGUUUGGUCCUCCAGGAACAGGGAAAACCGUCACUUUGGUGGAGGCCAUCAAGCAGAUAGAGAAGACCCAGAAAUCCUGCCACAUUCUGGCGUGUGCUCCCUCCAACAGUGCUGUUGAUCUGCUGUGCACCAAGAUUUGCGAGCAUGUAGACAUGCACAGAGUCUACCGCGUGUACGCCAGCAGCCGGGACCCAAACCUCGUCCCUGAGCACCUAAAGGCAUGCUCUAACCUAUCAGGGGAUUCUUACAUUUUUCCUCCCAAAGAGGAGCUGAUGGAGUAUAAAAUUAUAGUGACCACCCUGUUAACCGCUGGAAGGCUUGUGUCAGGUGACAUACCCUCUGGACAUUUCACUCAUGUGUUUGUAGAUGAGGCUGGACACGCUGUGGAGACUGAGUGUUUAGUCCCCCUGGCAGGGUUGCUCGAUGCAGAGACUGGGCAGCUUGUUCUAGCUGGAGACCCCAAGCAGCUCGGGCCCAUCCUCAGAUCUCCUUUUGCCCUGAAAUACGGAAUGGGAGUGUCCCUCCUGGAGCGCUUGAUGACCGAUAUUCCCCUCUACCAGAAGGUCGAGGGUGUCUACAACACCUGCUUUGUGACCAAACUGCUGCGUAACUACAGGUCUCAUCCCACCAUUCUCAAGAUUCCCAACGAGCGUUUCUACGAGGGAGAGCUGCAGGCGUGUGCCGAUGAGUAUUCACGCAACAUCUACUGCAGAUGGGAACACCUUCCAAAGCAGGGCUUCCCGGUGAUCUUUCAUGGGGUUGCUGGUAAGGAUCAACGCGAGGCCACCAGCCCUUCAUUCUUCAAUAUUGCUGAAGUGGAGGUGAUGAUGGACUACGUGAGAAAGCUGUUGGACUCCCAAGGGAAGAAAGGAGUGGCGAAGAUUUCACCCAAAGACAUAGGCAUCAUCGCCCCCUACAGGAAGCAGGUGCAGAAAGUCCGCCAGGCCUUGGAAAAAGUCGGGAAACAGUUCAAAUUUAAAGACAUGAAUGAUCUGAAGGUUGGGUCAGUGGAGGAGUUCCAAGGCCAGGAGAGGAGAGUAAUCCUGGUAUCCACCGUUAGAAGCAGUACCACAUACAUGGACAUAGACAAAAAAUUCAGCCUGGGCUUUAUCAAGAAUGACAAGAGAUUCAAUGUGGCUAUGACUCGAGCCAAAGCUCUGCUGAUCGUGGUGGGAAACCCCAUGGUGUUGAGUGCAGAUCCUACCUGGGCCAGCUUUAUCCAGUACUGCAAAGAUGAAGGAGGCUACGAUGGUUUCACGCAUGCUGAGGAAGAUGAGGAAGAGAUUAUAGCCAGAUUGUCUGCAAUUUACAUCAGCAUUGAGGCUCAAAUUGAGACUGCUGAGAGUAUUGUUCAACAGCAACUGCAUCCCGAGUGGAGGAACGACAUGUGAGCAGCAAGAGGACAGAGGACGUCCAGCGGGGAAACUUGAAGAGCAUUACUGAUAUAAUUUCACUGGAUACAAAUUACUGUUGAGUAUUUGGGAUAAGAAAAAAGAACGACCGCAUUCAAAUACCAUAAGGUUCAUAAGCACAAUGUAAACAUCAGCAGCAGCAUUUAACCAAAGACAAGAGGGCACAGGGAGACGAAUCGUACUUGAAAAGGGCUAAACUCACCACUGGAAACCUUAGCAGUCAGUUAUGACUUCAUGAUGGCGACUCUAAGUUAUAAAAUGAAAUCCGGUGUCAGUUUUCUCAGGUUUGAUUGUUUUUUUUAUUAAUUAUCAGUCACUGUUAUUUUUAUAAUGUAGAAGUAGAUUGUUUGUUUUGUUUUCUUUGUUCUAUCACUGGUAAACAUCUUAUUUACAUACUGUAUAUUUCACUAAAUGAAAUUCUCUAUAAAUGCCAUUUAAAUAGUUUUAUGAAAUUGAAAACUCAAAUAUGUCUACAUUCACGUGUCACUUCAUGUGGUAAUUAGUUCCGACAUGAAUAUAUUCAGAACAAAAUACAGUUCCUUUAUCAAGCUUUUAUACACCAUUUUCAUGUCAUGCAGUAAACACAAACUUCUGUGCAUUUGAUUGGAUUAUGUUUUAAGUGACAAACAGUACAAACAGUACUGCUUAUUUCUCAAAUGGAAGGAAGAUACAUGGCUCUUUGUAUAUCUUAUAUAAUAAAAAUUUAGAAAAGUGUGGUGUCCAUUUGCA